AUGGAGAGAUCUCUUCGCCUAUGUGGAAGAUUUCUGAUUUUCCUCCUCACCUACGACUCGUCAGAGAUUCUGCUUUUUACAGAAACUUUGUCAACCAUGUCGACAGAGACGUUAACCGAGGCCGCUCAAACGCCGCUCUCGCACCAGCAGGAUACCUCCUCUGUACUUCAGCAAAUAAAUAUCCAAGAGCCUGAUCCAGCAGUGGUCUCUCUCUUGCAUAAAUGGACGGUCACGAUCCAACUUUCGGCUAUCAACUUUGCCAGUAGCGCUGUCAACGGCCUCGUCGUCGUUGGGUUGCCUGCCAUCACCGCCGAUCUCGCUAUCCCACAGGAACUCUCGCUCUGGCCAACCUCGGUGGCUAGUCUAGCCAAUGCGUCGACGCUCCUGCUCGCUGGUUCUAUUGCAGACUCCAUCGGACCUAGAAAGAUCAAUCUUGCUGGCGGUUUCGUUAGCGGAGCUUUCAUGCUAGGAGCCGGUUUCUCGCAGAAUGGCUCGCAGUUGGUUGCCAUGCGUGCCCUUCAGGGAAUCGGAUAUGCGAUGCACCUUGCCUCUUCGGUUGCCAUCAUAACAAGCAUUCUACCAAGAGGCCGCUCCAGAAAUAUCGGCUUCGCCUGUCUUGGUCUUAGCCAACCCCUCGGUUUCUCAUUUGGUCUAGUCAUUGGCGGCGUGUUGCAGAAUGCCAUUGGUUGGCGAGCUGGGUGGUACAUCUACGGAGCGCUAACAAUCCUGUGCACUAUUGUCGCUAUCUUUGCUACACCAAAGCAAGUUGCCUCGCCAAGUGUCAUGGAAAGUCUACGAAAUGCUAAGGAAAAGGUCGACUGGGUCGGUGCUCUCCUUGCGACUGCCUUCAUGGCGCUCCUAUCCUAUCUCUUUGCAAAUAUUAGUACAGAUGUAAACUCUGUUCGUGACGGGCCAAACAUUGCCCUCAUCUGCAUUUGUGCAGCUUCUCUACCAGCUUUCCUCUUCUGGAUGCAUAGACAAGUUCGCAUCGGUAAACCAGCCUUGAUUCCACUCUCCAUGUGGAAGAACCGUGCCUUCUCCGUCAUUUGCAUAACGGUAGCAAUCUCUUUCGGUGUAACCACCUGCAUUGAGCUGUUUAGCAGCUUAUUCUUCCAAGAAGUCCAAGGCGACACAGCCCUCAUUGCCGGCCUUAAAGUCCUCCCUAGUUUGAUAGUUGGCACUGUCAUCAACUUCACGACCGGCCUCUACGUGGACAAAGUUUCAGCUCGCACCAUUGUAGCAGCCUCAUUUCUCGCCUGCGCUGUGGCGCCUCUCCUCAUGGCUGUUGUCCAACCCACCUGGUCAUACUGGGCGAAUGCUUUCAUCGCCCAGGUCCUUUCUCCAAUUUCCAACGAUAUCCUCUUCACUGUUGGCCUCAUCGUCAUCUCAGAUGUGUUUCCUGGCGACACACAGGCGCUCGCGGGUGCUGUCUUCAACACCUGCGCCCAAUUUGGCAUUGCACUGUGCCUUGCCAUCAUGCAGAUCAUUUCCACCACGGUCACAAAGGAUCAUGGAAACAACCCCAAACCUCUCGCUGUCUUGGAGGGAUUAAGAGCCAGCUUUUGGGCCAUGUUUGCCAUGCUCGUUGGCUGCGCAAUCCUCGGAAUCUUCGGAUUGAGAACUGUGGGCCGUGUUGGGCUCAAGAGGGAUUAA